GCUAAAAACAAUGGUGGAUACAUCUCUUGGCAUAGAUCUUAACGUCACUCCCUUCCACAAAACCGAUGAUACCCCGAUGAAUGAUGAUUUAACCCGGAUGAGCUUGGAGAACAAGAAGCUAAGGGAGAAGCUAACAACAGUUUGGGACAAAAACAACACCCUCCAAAACCAAGUAAACAAACUAAUGCAAGACCAUGAUUUAUUGGUCAAUAAUCUAAAUAAAAGAAAGUUUGUCGAGUGCGAGGAGGGCAGCACAAGUGGGAGGACGGAAAAUCUUCAUCGAGGAUCGUUGAAAAGGACAAACGGGGGUGUCACAAGAGUUUAUAGACGGACAGAUGAUCCAUCUGAUAAAAGCAUGGUGGUAAAAGAUGGAUAUCAGUGGAGAAAGUAUGGGCAGAAAGUGACCAGAGAUAACCCUUCACCUAGAGCUUACUACAAGUGCUCUUUUGCACCAUCCUGCCCAGUCAAAAAGAAGGUACAAAGAAGUGUGGAUGAUGCCCAUCUUCUAGUCGUCACUUAUGAAGGAGAGCACAACCACCAAAGCAUGGAGAAAGAACCCAAUCAGACUAGCAACAGAAGGUUAAACUCUCCAAUGGAGAUGCUGAAAUAUGAUGAGGUCUUAGUUGAACAAAUGGCUAACUCUUUAAGAAGAAACUCUGAUUUCAUUGAAGAUCUUGCAGACGCCAUUUCCUCCAACAUUUUGGAAUACGAUUUGUUUUAAGCAAUGUCAAUUUCCAUAUAUACAACUGUUCACAUAUAUCAUCAUGACAAAUGCAUGUUAAUGUAUUGGUACUGGUUCUUCAACGUUAAGUUUAACACAGCCUAAUGAGAUCAUAUAU